CCCGAGUCGGCUCCAGCUCAUCUGCACUCGCUUGCGUUGCGUCUUGCGUGUCGUUCUGCUCCAAUCUAAAACGCCCUCCGUUUCCUCACACUUACUGUCCUCUCAUUUAUCUCUAGGGUUUCUUCUCUUUCUACGAGCUCAGACAUGGCCGACGAAUCCCACUACUCCGCCGCGGACACCGGAACGGCCACCGUCACUCCUAACAAGCGCAAGUACGAUGACCAAACGACCACUGGUCGUCGCCAUACGGGUUUCUCUUCGCCGGACUCUUCAGCCCCUCCUUCUUACAAUAAUGUCCCACCGCCUGCCGAUGAGAUCCAGAUGGCCAAGCAGAAAGCUCAGGAGAUCGCCGCGCGUUUCUUGAGUGCCGCCGCUGGAGGCGCUCCUGUGGAUAAUAAGCGUCCUAGAGUUGAGAAUGGGGGCAGCGGUUUUGAUUCCAAUGAAAAGGGCUUUAGCUCUGCUCCGUCGAGCGUUCCUGCUUCCUAUGGUUCUUUUAUGGGCGGUACAAGCAAAAGAAUUGAAAUACCAAAUGGAAGGGUUGGUGUUAUCAUUGGCAAAAGUGGAGAGACUAUCAAAUUUCUUCAAGCAAAAUCUGGGGCGAAGAUUCAAGUAACGCGAGAUCUGGAUGCCGACCCCAAUUCGCCAACUAGAGCUGUAGAGCUUGUUGGUACUCCUGAACAAAUUGAAACAGCAGAACGGUUGAUUAAUGAUGUUCUUGCUGAGGCUGAUGCUGGAGGUUCUGGUACAGUUUCUCGAAGGCAAGGGGGACAGGGCGGCGGCGGGGGCGGUGAUCAUUUUGUCAUGAAAAUCCCGAAUAACAAGGUUGGUCUGGUAAUUGGCAAAGGAGGCGAGACAAUUAAGAGCAUGCAAGCUAGGACUGGUGCUCGCAUUCAGGUGAUACCUUUGCAUCUCCCCCCUGGUGAUACCACAUCAGAUAGGAAUGUACAUAUAGAUGGAACAAGUGACCAGGUUGAGGCGGCAAAACAGUUGGUCAAUGAAGUGAUCAGUGAGGUAUGUGUUGUUGUUUCCUGGUCAUUGAAGGAGAACUCCCGCCUAUUCUUUUGAUAGUUCACUGUUUGUCACAGCAAUAUGAUGUCUUCAUAAUUUACCUGAAAAUCUGAUUAAUGUACUUGCAAUGUUCACAUCUUCCUUUACAAUUUGAAAUGUUCUUGAAGAUGUACUUUAUAACUAUACUAGCAGAAAUUAUGGGUUCUCUAUUUUUCAGUUAAAGUAUAACGUGUUAUGUAUCCUUCUAACGGGGUCGGUUUAGUAUCAUUGAAAAUGAUAUGCAUUGAUGAGUUGUAAGUAUAAUGUGUUAUGUCUGUUUAUAGCUUGCUACCUAAGUAUCUGUUUGGACCUUAACCUUUUCAUACCCGCUGUAUAUAUAGUUGGUUUUAUUAUUAGCCAACUUAAUGAUAUUGGAUAUCUCUUCUAACUGUUUACAUUUUGUGCUCAGUAUUGUCAAGGCAUUAACCAUAAAUUGCUGUUCACUUUGAAAAUGGAUUACAAUUUCAGUUAUUGCAAAUGCUUUUAACUUUUCAAGAUUCAGAAAGUUGCAUAUUGAGCUUUGAUAAUGUCAGCCUGGAAAAUACUUGAAAGAAUGAUAUUUUGCUUUUAACUUGGUUUUAUAUCAUGGAAAUGAUAUGCAUUGAUGAUCCUUUCUGUAUUUCUUCAUGUCUUCUUGUAGCUUGCUAUCUGUUUGGACCUUAAUCUUUUCAUACCUGCUGUAUGUAGAGUUGGUUUUAUUAUUAGCCAUUUAUUGCAAAUGCUUUUAACUUUUCAAGAUUCAGAAGGUUGUGGAUUGAGCUUCAUAUUUAGCUUUUGUCGUUGUCAGCCUGGAAAGGAGUGAAAGAAUGAUACAUAGCUUUUAAUUUCCAUCUCAUUGGUUCUUAUGAGUUUUUAAUUAUACACUUUUAUAUCGUGACAUAUGAAUCAGAGGACAAUGCAAUAUUGCUGCUUGAUAGUCUUGCAUAGAUAAAACGCCAGUUUAUGUGACUAAUGUACUUCAUUUGUUUGUGACUUGCAAACUGCUGAAUGUCCUUAAUGAUCUGUGCUGUAAAUCUCUUACAGAUCUGGACCUACACGGUAGUUAUAUGUUAAGAAUUAAGACACCAUAGUUUGAGGUCAAGUGAGUUUUUGAGAAUUGCCAAGCGUGUAGUGAUUAUGAUAUUGUUGUCUUUAAGCUGCAAAUGCAUUACUGAAGAUUAGAUGUCGAGCAUUUGAAGUGAUAGAUUUUGUUUGAGAUAUUUUGAAGGGUUGAUUUGUCUCCUUGGAUGUGUGCCCAAGUGAAUAGUUCGGGUUAGUAGUUUCUUCUGCUUCCUUAUUUUGCUUUGCCAAUGUGUCAUAUCGCUUCCAUUGCUGGAACUGCUGUUAGGUUACUGUUGCAACCAAUACAGAAUUCUUUCUGUUGGUUAUGCCAGCGACCUUACCCUGGUAUGGUUCUCAACCCUGCCAAUAAUAUGUAGCAUCUGAAGAUAUGUUGCUAGGUUGGGAAUUUUUUUAAUCCUGGAACAUGCAUUAGCUCUUCUUUGUUUAGUAGUUGUCCCUCUGUUAUAUUACUAACUUGUUCAUGCUGGCUAAUAUGUCCUGUAAAUUCCAUCCCUUGGUCUCCAUGACUGGUCACCUCAUUUGUUAUUCUGGUUUACUGGGUUCUUAGUGGUUGUUACAAAACUACCCACUGAUAAGUGAUUAGGUUUUGAUCACCCUCCUUCCUGUAUUGCAUAGGCCUCGCUUUCUCUAAUUCCCUUUAGUCGUGAAUUUUGACUUGCUUCACCUUCUGUUAGCCCCCAGUUUCAUUAUAAUCAUUGAUUUCUUGGCAAGUGAAUGUAAAUGUUGUCAUUUCGUUAACUUCUAUUAGUCAUUGGUAUAUUCUGCUUAUUCUCGUGUUCAAGUUGACAUGAUCUCUGCUAUUAGAUUAGCUUGUCGCUUUGAGGUUUGCUUCAGGUUGCUUGUCCUGUACUUGGAUUGUGGUCAAUCAUGUGGAAGGAUUUUUUUGUCUGUAUACUACCAUACUUUUAGAAUUCUUCCUUUCUGUUUGUAAAUAGUAUUUCAGAACAGCAUAAGCUGUACUGGGUUUCCGAAGUUUGGAGAUACUGUGGUGAUGGACUCUUUUGGUACUUUUUUGUGGAACUAAAUAUAAUGUGCCAUAGUCUGAUAGCGGGAGUGAAUAAUUUUUGUUGUAUCAUAUAAAUAUCAAUAGAAGGUCAUUGCCACAUGGACCACCUUAUUUUUGCAGACGGAAAUUUUGUGUAUUUGUACAUUUUUUGCGCCUAUUCAUUUUUAAAGUAGGGAGAGUGUGAGCUUCUGCUGGAGUAACUUCCACCAACGAAGUACGGUAUGUAGGUAAUCCUACCCCCUUCAUAAUGGAAUAUGAAAUUCAUGCCCUGUGUAAGGAAGUUGGCUGUUUAUUAUGCUGUUUUAUUGAGAUUUCUUGAUGUCGCACUUGGUUUCUGCUCCUAGUUUGUUAUAUAGCAAUCUUAUCUGUUUCACAUAUAGCCUGUAUGCAGUAAUCUUGAGAAUUUCUCGUCAUUCAUCUUGUAUUGGGAUUUUGUUUUGUAGAAUCGCAUGAGGAAUUCAUCAAUGAGUGGAGGAUAUGGUCAGCAAGGUUAUCAAACACGACCACCUGCAAACUGGGGCCCGCCUGGUGGGGCAGCGCAGCAACCAGGAUAUGGUGGGUACGGGCGCAUCGGGACAGUACAAUAUGCCCCAGCCACCAUAUGGGGGAUAUCCUACUCAGCCAUCAUCUGGUGGGUACCCUGCUGGAUGGGACCAGUCAACUCAGCCGACGAGUCAAGGUUAUGAUUACUAUAGUCAGCCACCGUCUUCGCAGCAACCACCAGCCUCUGGUGGUCCACCGCCACCUGCGGCAGCAGCAGCGGCAGCAGAAAAUUCUGGUGGCUAUGGUUACAACAGUCAGCAGCCACACUCGGGUUAUAAUCAACAAGGGCAAGGUUAUGGUCAAGAUGGGUAUGGUGGAUAUCCUCAGUCGGGUUAUGGCCAGCCACAAGCAUAUGAUCAGCAGCAGCAGCAGCAGGGGGGCUAUACUACUGCUCCCAGCUAUGGUCAAGAAGGCCACAGUUCCUCCUAUGGUGGUGGACAAGGAGAGUCGGCUCCUCAACCGUCUUCUGCGGUUCAGCAGCAAGGCUAUGGUUCUGUCCCAAAUCCAGCAAGUUACAACCCUCCGCAGGGAGCUACUAGUCAAUCAGGAGGAUAUGUGAUGCCACAACCAUCUGGCUACGGGAGUCAUCAUCUAACAGCUCAACCUGGAUACGGAUCUAGCUAUGGACCUCCUCCAGCACAAAAGCCUCAAGUGGCGAACCCAUUAUCUGCUUAUGGACAAACCGCCCAACAACAACAAUCACCUUCUGGAGGAGGCUCAUACAGCCAGUCGGUUCCUCAGCCAGGAGGAUAUCCAAAUUCACAGCCGCCACUGCCUCCGCCAGCACAAUCAUCGGGUUAUGGCAGUGCUGUUGCUGCACAGCCAGGAUAUGGUCCAUCAUAUGGGGCACCUCUAGCUCCGAGUCAACCAGGAUAUGGUCCUCCUUACGGCGCCCCUUAUAGUAGUCAACAGCCAGGAGGGUAUCCUACUGAUGGCAAUCUUAGCUCCAAUGCAGGAGUUGCAACUGCAGCGGCAGUAUCAGUUCCGCCGCCUGGACCACCUUCCCAGCCUGUGCAACAAAGUGGAGUUACAAAAGCAUCUCCUAAGAGUUGAUACUGACAGCAAUGCUUUGUGCUUCAGAUAAUCAACUACCCUCUGCCCUGCCUUGGUGGUGUGUUUUCCUUGCUAAAUGCUAUGGAUAGUAUACUAGGGAGGGUUUUGUAGCGUGUUAUAUACUCUUAUGUCAGACUUUCCUUUUAUCUGCUAGUGUUUAUUUUGUAGUAGACCGUUGGAUGCUUUGAAAUUUCUAUUUGGCUUGCGAGAUAGUAUUUGCUCCCAUCUGUUCAACCUUUCUGAUUGUCAGUUCAAGCAUCAAGCCAAACUGGGUUUUCUCAUUGGCUCUAUUCUCGCCUUAUCAAGAAAUGAAUGGAUGAAUAAUUUUGCUAUGUUAUGUCUUAGGUAGGGGUUUGUAAUCGACCGGGUCAAAGAAACACGGUCCAAUAGUGAAAAACAUUUUUGAAAAACAUUUUAGAAUUAUGGAUAAGAUUAAUAGUGC